CCCCCUCUCUCUCUCGUUAACCCAAAUCUACAAACCCCUCCCCCCCUUCCUCUCUCUCGUCCGUUCCGGCGCCGCCGUGUACUCGCCUUCCGGCCGCGGCCGGCGUCGCAUAUCAUUUCGCCUCCCUCUGUAUCAUCACUCCGCUCCACCCCCCACGUAGAACAUCUGGCGCCAACUCCUUCUCGUCAUGCCCAUGCGGUGAAAUCAGUUUCGUGAAGGGAAAAAAAACCAAGGCCACUCCUAGCUUUGGCAUCGAUCGGCCCGGUUGUUUGGGGAUCUUGCGCUCAGUAGCGAAGCCACCAGUAUGGCGAGGUAUGGCGGCCGCCAUACCUGCCCACCGGCUGAUCGCCUCAUCGCAUCGGCUGUUCGCCUCCUCUCGUCGACAGUUGACUCGUCUCCUGCCGCGUGCCGCCCGAUCUCCGACUCCAGGUCCAGGACACCGCCGGACGCCGUUGCCACGCUGGACGCCGCCACAGUAAUCACUCCGAGACACCAUUACCCAGAUUGCGCCAUGGAAGAGGAAGAACCAUCUAAUAAUCGCCGACGCCGACUGCGCCCAAUUUCAGAAGCUACCCAGAUUGGGAAAAAAAUAAAAGAGGGGAUCGAUCGAAUACUUGGGAGACUCAAAUCCACAAAUUUCGUCAGCAUUGCGUGCUGCUGCUGCAAUACUGUGUUUAUUAACUUCCAGUUGACUGCAGAUCAGUGUUUUUUUGGUCUAAUGGCUAAGCGAAUGAAUCCAUGUCAUGGGAAACUGGUCCCCAAGAACAAAAGAGCCAUAUUACAGUUUGAUGACAUUCCUGAGGAUGUGGUGUUCUUGAUAAUCCGGUUGCUUUCGCUGACUAAUGCUGCGCGUGUCAGCAUGGUGUCGCAAAAGUGGCUACAAUCUUGGAGGCUCUAUCCUAAUUUAGAGUUCACCUCGAAGGCGUUGGGUUUGAAUAAACGGGUGCACAAACAAGGGAGGAGGGCUAAAUUUGUCAGGUGUGUUAACACCAUCAUAAGGCACCACGCUGGAACAGGGAUUAACUCAUUCACCUUGAAGCGCAACCUCAACAAUCACAAGUACGCACACUAUAUUGACCGUUGGAUUUACUUUGCAGUCCGAUCUGGUGCAAAUGAACUGACUAUUGACCUAAGUCCACGAUGGUAUGCUCAUCCUCGUGAUGUCAAAUACAGCUUUCCAUCCUCUAAUGUUGCUGCUCCAGAACCAACCUCUAUAGAGCAUCUUAAGCUUUGCUUUAUGAAUUUGAGGCCUUUACCAACUUUUAGUGGCCUAAGAAGCUUGAAGACUCUUGAUUUGGCCCUUGUAUGUAUAACCACAGAAGAUUUAGAGAGCUUGUUGAGUUAUACCCCUGCUCUACAACAGUUGAAGCUAAGGCAAUGUCCAAUGCUGGAAUACUUGAAGAUCACUGAUGUACUAGCUAAGCUUGUCUACAUUGAUAUCGUUCCCUGCUUGUGGCUGAAGAUUUUGGAGAUCCAUGCUCAAAAUCUUGUUGCGAUUAAUACUUACAAUAUCUGUCACCUAAAAAUAGUACUGAGUGAAGCAUUAGUGUUGAAGGGGGCACACAUUGAGUUAGUUCUGUCAUCAGAUGUUAUUGAGUAUGCUUUUACUGAUCUUGCACCACUCAUGCCAGACCUCGAGUCAUUGUUCCUGAGUGGCUGUACUGAGAUGAUUAUAUCCAGGAGACCUCCAAGCAAUAGAUUCCAUUGCCUGAAGCAAUUGGAGUUAAAAUUGCAGGAUAUAUCGACGAAAUAUGAUCUUCUAUUUCUUGCUAAGUUUGUUGAUGCUGCUCCAGUCCUAGAAGCUCUCGUUUUUCAUAACUAGUCAAGAGUGAUCGACCGGCAGCAUGGUUUCCAGGAACAAGAAAAGAUUCCAGAGCUGCUUCAGGAAGCAAGAACCAAAUUGGAAGUGAACCAUGGGAGCCUGAGGCUCAGAGCCUGAGACGCUCAGUAGCUUGCAAGGCCUUUUAUCCCUUCAUGUUAACUAUGAAAGAGUCACAAGAAAUUGGACACGAAUAUGGGGCAUGAAUCAUAUGGCUUCCUCUCCAACAUCUUUUCCUUCCCAAAUGUUUAAGGGAAUAAGUGGACCAACAAUCGUUUGGGGGAAUAGUGGGAUUUAUUCUCCUUAACCCUUGUGGUUGUGUGUACAGAAACGUUUGUGGUGUCAUUAUUUCGAGCCCUGUGUGAUCUUCAUGUAAUACUUAUAGUAGAAGCUGAAACAGUGGAUAGGUCAUGUCUGAUUAAUUGAGUAAUACUCCUUCCGUUCCAAAAUAUAAGCAUUUCUUAGGUUGUUUAUUAGCAAAUAGUAAGGUUAAGUCAAAAGAUUCCUUUUAGUCACCUCAGUGGUCAAUUUUUGAAUUUUAAAUUGCUUAGAUUCCCUUUCUAAGCAUCCAAUUGACUUUGGAAUCAUUGGAACCAUGGGAAUCAGCACAGCAAUGCUUAUAUUGUGGUACAGAAUUUGAAUCCUGGAAACUCUUGUAUUUUGGAAUGGGUGGUAUAUUGUGGUACAUAAUCUGAAUCCUGGAAAUUCUUACAUUUUGAAAUGGGAAGGAGUAAGAAAUUAAGAAUUCGAACAA